AUCUGGCAACCAGCAGUAGAAUGGUGGAUAAGAAAUUGUAAAUAAUUGUAAACAAACAAACUCCGGUGCCCCAGCACAACCAUGUUCGAACAAAACCAGAAGACCAUCUUCGUGCUUGACCACACCCGCUACUUCAGCAUCGCCAGCGAGGAUUACAUCUCGAUGGAUUUUUUGAAGGGGAAGCCGUCAGUGGACACCGGUACGGGUGCCGCUGGCGGAGCUAGCGGGGGCGGAUUGGGAACGCAGUUCAGCAAGAGUCUAUGGACCUGCGCCUGCGAAUCCUCCAUCGAGUACUGCCGCGUGGUCUGGGAUCUCUUUCCCGGGAAGAAACACGUACGGUUCAUCGUCUCGGACACGGCGGCCCACAUAGUAAACACCUGGAGCCCCAGCACGCAAAACAUGUCCCACGUCAUGAACGCAAUGGUGAUGGUUGGCGUCCCUUCUCGCAGCAUGCCUCAGUCCUCCGACUACUCCGUAAUCCAUGGACUUAGAGCGGCAAUCGAGGCGCUGGCGGAGCCGACGGACGAGCAGCUGGCGACGAUGGCCAGUGGAGAACCAGUGCACAUUCCCAACGAAGGCCGCGUUAUCUGUAUCACGUCGGCGCGGGACAAUACGAGCAUGAAGAGCCUGGAAGACAUCUUCAACACGGUUCUGAUACAGCAGAACGCUUUGGCUGGUCCGCCGGCCAAGAAGGGCCUGGCCAUCGAUCAUUGCCACCUUGUCAUUCUCAACAUUGUUCCCCUGGGUGUGGAGUCCAUGGUCACGAAUCGAGCUCUUUUAAAUAUCUCUCCGCUGCUGGACGUUGAAAUCCACACAGUAAGUGCGCCAGACAUAUCGCACAAGCUGACGCACCUCAUCCUCGACCACUAUAACCUGGCCAGCACCACGGUGACAAAUAUACCCAUGAAGGAGGAACAGAACGCUAACUCCAGCGCCAACUACGACGUAGAGAUCUUACACAGCAGGAGCGCCCACUCAAUCGCAUGCGGCUCAGACUUUAGCCUGCCGACGAGCAUUAAGCCAGGAGCCACCUACGAGACUGUCACCCUUAAAUGGUGUACCCCUCGUGGCUGCGGCUCUGCCGAUUUACAGCCCUGUUUGGGCCAGUUUCUAGUAACGCCGGUUGAUGUUACUUCACGGCCCAGCUCAUGCUUGAUUAACUUUCUUCUCAAUGGUAGGUCCGUGCUCCUGGAGAUGCCGCGUAAAGCCGGUUCAAAAGCCACCAGCCACAUGCUGUCGGCCCGUGGUGGCGAGAUCUUCAUACACUCGCUGUGCAUCACCAGAUCCUGCAUGGAUGAAGCGCCAGCGAUAGGAGACGGGCCAGGCGGACGCGUCACCGACUACCGAACUACAGAGCUUGGUCAGCUGAUGAAAAUGUCGCGAAUGGUGCCCCUGAAAGCUAAGGACCCCGCUGCCCCAGGACUGGCACGGCGUCUGCCGCGUUACUUCCCCCUGACCAACAGCUCGUCUAUCUUGUUCCACCUCCAGCGCCAUAUCAGCUGGCUGCCGCAUUUCCUGCACCUGCUUGUCAAAGAGGAUAUGGACAAGGGGGAGGAAGUGCGGUGCCAGCAGCACAUCCACGAGCUCUACAAGAGCGCCUCGCGCGGCGACAUGCUGCCCUUCACCCACACCAACGGGGCUAGGUUGAAGCUAUCCAAGGCGAAGGAUCAAUACCGCUUGCUCUACCGAGAGCUGGAGCAACUCAUCCACCUUAACGCCAGCACAGUCCAUCACAAGAACCUGCUCGAGAGCCUGCAGAGCUUGCGGGCCGCCUACGGAGAAGCCAAGUCGGAGCCAAAUUCUAGCUUGUUGCGCUCCUACACGGAAUCCCCCCACUCCCCUGAGCGCCUGGAGCCCAACCCGAGUGGCGGCACCACCGGCAGCAACUCGAACAGCUUACUCAAGGCCAGUAAACGCCGCAUGUCCAGCUGUGGUCAAAGAUCCCUGCUGGAUAUUAUCUCCUCGGCGGAGCGAAGUCAGUCGAAUAAGCGUUUGGAUUUCUCAGGUCGCCUUUGCACUCCCCUGGGACAGGUGGCCAAGCUGUAUCCAGAUUUUGGAAACAAAGAAAAGGACUCUCUAUUGACGGCCAUCGCCACCACUCCAAAUGUGAAAGAGGAGAUACGCACCUAAGCCAGUUCUAAAAAUGAAAACCAGAAUAAGCACUUUCCUUGAACACGAAAUAGUAUAAUUUGAAUGAAAUCGUCUAUGAUUUAAAGAAAGUUUCCAAAAACCAUGCAACGGUUCUAAGCAUGCUACUUAUUUGAUUCCUUAUUGUUAAAGUUCUAAGAGCCAGUUAGUUCUUUUUAUUAACUCUAUUAACGUGUGUGUUUUUAUAAGUUUUGUGUUUAAAAAUAUUUGUCUUCUGAUUAUAUUAUGAAUUUGUAUCAUCGCAUCUAGCUAUUGAAAUGGUAUUAAGUUAAAAUAAAGGUUUAAGUUCAAAGUGUA